AUGCAAAUUCCCGCAAAGUGCUGCGACUACCUGAACGACAGAGCUCGUUCUCAAGCGAUUACUAACCCAGGUCGAGGAGGCCCACUGCAUUUCGAGAGUGCUCUUGUUCUAGAAAUUAUGCGGCGAAUGAUUGUGAAGUGUCUAGAGCACGGUGAGCGAACUGCAAACCCAGGAGCCACACGUCGUGCGCGCCGAAGCAAUCAAGAUUUUAAACUUACUCGAAAAGACCUUGUCCAAGGAAGCACUGACCACCAGUUACUGAAGAAAUACAAGAAGGGGCAGAAGAGCUACCGUCUCGAGUCCACCGAUGCGAUAAACCCUACAGAUUACAUUGACGUUGAGACUGCAGCGGUAGAGUCCGCUAAUGUCUCGAUAACGAUAGAAAUAGGCAAUUUGAAACUCAAUCAACGGUUGUGCUCCAAACUGAAAGUGAAUGAAACAAAUGGCAGAGGUGAAAGAAAAGGUAUCGACAGUACAUAG